AUGGCUAACGAACUGGAAAUUGAGAAGGAAAUUGUACAGCAAGGCGAUCUUGUUCGGAAACUGAAAGGAGAUGCUUCUGCUACAGAGGAGAUGAAAAAAGAGGCUAUAGACAAACUUCUACGACUGAAGCUAACCUACAAGGAGAUAACUGGCAAAGAGUAUGCGACACCCGGUGCUCGCCAACAAAAAGAGAAAAAACCCGCUGCGGAAAAGAAGCAGGAGAAGAAGGCAGAACCUAAGGUGGAUGGAAAGAAACAGACUAAGCUAGGGAUUGAGAUUUCGAAGGAAGAGAAUUACUCGGAUUGGUACAGUCAGGUGAUCACGAAAGCCGAAAUGAUUGAAUACUACGACGUGUCAGGAUGCUAUGUUUUGCGUCCAUGGUCAUAUGCAAUUUGGGAGGGAAUUCAGACAUGGUUCGACAGCGGCAUAAAGAAAUUAGGAGUGAAGAAUUGUUACUUCCCCAUGUUUGUUAGCAAUGCUGCAUUGGAAAGAGAGAAAACACACAUUGCUGAUUUCGCACCUGAGGUGGCCUGGGUAACCCGUGCUGGUUCGUCUGAGAUGGCCGAACCCAUUGCGAUUCGUCCAACUUCCGAGACCGUCAUGUAUCCAUCGUUCAAAAAAUGGGUGCAGUCCCACAGGGAUCUUCCAAUCAAGUUGAACCAAUGGUGCAAUGUUGUUAGAUGGGAGUUUAAGCAUCCAACACCUUUUCUCCGUACUCGUGAAUUCCUUUGGCAAGAAGGGCAUACCGCUUACGCCACUCCCGAAGAAGCCGUAAAAGAAGUGUUCCAAAUUCUUGAUCUCUACGCCGGUGUUUACACGGAUCUCCUAGCAAUUCCAGUAGUUAAGGGUAGAAAGAGUGAAAAGGAAAAAUUUGCUGGUGGAGAUUUUACAACUACAGUAGAAGCAUACGUACCAUGUAAUGGACGAGGUAUACAGGGAGCCACUUCCCAUCAUUUGGGUCAGAAUUUCUCGAAAAUGUUCGACAUCUCGUUUGAGGAUCCAGUUAGUGGGGGCAAGGCAUAUGCUUGGCAGAACUCAUGGGGUUUGUCAACUCGAACCAUAGGUGCGAUGGUAAUGAUCCAUGCUGACAACAAUGGACUUGUUCUUCCACCUAGGGUGGCAGCUAUCCAGGCUAUUAUUCUUCCUGUUGGUAUAACGGCCCAAACUACUGAUGAACAGCGCAAACAUCUCAUGGACACAGCCGAUGAACUAGCAAAGAUCCUCGUUGACGCUGACGUCCGAGCAGAAGCUGAUUUGAGGGAAAACUAUUCACCUGGCUGGAAAUUCAACCACUGGGAGUUGAAAGGAGUGCCAAUUCGAAUUGAGAUUGGACCAAAGGACUUGGCUGCCGAUCAAGUCACUGCUGUUUUACGGUAUAGCGGCCAAAAAUUGGCUGUAAAGAGAGCAGAGCUCGUGAAUGAAAUCAAGCGGUUGCUAGAGAUGACUCACGUCGAAAUGUAUAACAAGGUGCUAACUGCUCGAGAUGCCCAUAUGAAGGUCUGUUUUGAUUUCGAAGAGUUCAAACAACUCCUUGAUGACAAAUUCAUCCUUCUUUCUCCCUUUUGCGGUGAGAUCGAAUGCGAAGAUGAGAUCAAGAAAGCCAGCACUAGGGACGACGCUGAAGCCGGAGCCGCCCAAAUGGGAGCUAAAACUCUAUGUAUUCCGCUAGAGCAGCCUAAAGAAACUCUACCAGAGAAAUGCCUGUUCCCUGGUUGCAAGAAUAAGGCUAAGUUCUUUGCUUUGUUUGGCCGCAGUUAUUAG